CUUCAAGAUGUUGUUUCAUAAUGAGUUUCUGCGAGAGCGAUUCACACUCGCUGUCGGACGAUAGUACCUUGUUAAAGAGUCGCUGAAAUUGUUCUACUUGAUCUUGUUCUUGACGAAAAAAUAUGGCGGCCAAGAACCUCAAAGACAACAUGGUCCACGAAGCGGGGCUCGACCGUGAUCGUGAUGCGAACACACCAAGGGCCGACGACUCGGUGAGGCGCGUUGUGGCUUUUUUGCGUGUGCUUGUGCAGAGAAUCAGAGACGGAAUCGUUAAUAACGAAGAUGACGCCCAAGUACUGGCAACGAACGUGUACCAAAUGCUAGAACCACUUUUGGAGGAAUGCAAUCUCCUGGCGAUCGAAGCCGUAGACACCAUUGCAAUUUCUGCCAAAUCUGGGGCGCUUCUCGCUUCUGGAACAAUAAAGCAGGAGGUGGAGGAGGGACAGGAGCAGGAAGAUGCACGCUUAUCCGUUCCUUAUAGGAAGAUUAUGACUCGUUCGUUAGAAGAUGGAGCGUUGACGGAGAUGAAGGCGACAAGCACGACUACAAGAGCUGUCGAACAACUUCAGAGCAUGUUGUCAGUUUAUCGACUGCGCUCAUGCGAGUUGGUGCAUACUUUCAUGCUCGUCACUGACAUGGUCUGUCAGUUCCGGCAACUCUGGCCUGAAUGUGCAGCCCUCCACAUCUCUGGACUACAGAUUCUCUAUAGACUUGGCUGGGCUGGAAACAUCCUCGAGGCAGGCCAGAGGGAGUUGAAGACAAUCGUUGACGCUGGACUACAGACACGACAAACUUCUUCUACGGGAAGAUCGAAUCCUCUACCUUAUCCCUCGCGAGAAGAUCAUGACGUCACUGGCAGCCAGAAAAACAGCGGUGAGCGUCGUCUACCUGACUCACUUUACGAAGCUGCUUUUCCCGCUGUCGCGACACAUUGUUUUCACAUUGCUACAGCAAAGAGCGUGCAUGCAAGCGGUGGCACCGAAGGUUUCGUUUGGGCCAUCUCAACGUUGCUUUUGUGGAUGAUGGACAUUCGUGUGGAGCCCGAUAUCGAUGAGGAUGAAGGCGAGUCGACUUCUUGUUCAGGAGGUGAGGAAGAUGAAAUAGACGACGAAGAGCGUGAUGAUGGAGAAGCUUUCUUAUCCUAUGACGAAGCCUGGAAUGAAGCUUCCGGCAGAGCAGGACAACAUCAAGUUCAACAAGUUCAAGAAGGGGCCAAUAAAUCGGAGAAAUCAAGUACGAUUGCUGGCGGUCAAGAUCUUCAAAGGAGGUUAGACGGUCUUCUGCGAGAUUUCUCGGGUGAUAAAGAUAUCGAAGGACUCCAUGCUAAGGUGAUCAAGUGUGAAGAUGAGACUGACGGGCUGUCGACGGCGAAGGGAAGCACACGCAGUGUAAUAAGUGACAGCCUGAAUCUUCUCAACAAAGAAGCAUGUGCCAAAACCGAAGGUUUGGGAAGGGACCAGGAGAAACCUGCAACAUCACAACAUGCAACAGCAAGACCAGAGCCACACGCUGUGCUUUUUCUUAAAUUGCUGGAGGAUUUUCGACUUAUGCAAUCCCCCCAGUGGCGAGUGCGUUGCGCCUGUGUGAGCCUAGCCAGCGCGCUUCUUGAGGUGACGACGCCUGAGGAAAAUGAGAACAGAGUUGAGGACCCUCGCCACAAAAUCACGACCAUGAAGACCACCAGCACUACGGUAGCGGGAACGAAUUAUAUAUCUGGAGACGGGAAGAGGAACCGCUGCUCUUCUAGGUCCUGCGGUGUCGAUGCUCGCUCCACGUGGAACCACGAGGAUACUUUUCACGACAUGAGCAGCGCUCCAAUGCGCUUUAUAGACUUCGGCAGAUAUGGAAAACAAACUGCGUCAACGUUGCGAGGCGAAACUGAUAAGAUUUCCGAUUUCCACGUUUCUCAGGAAGAACAUGUUGAUGAUCAUGAUCCUCAGGAACAAGAUCAAGAUGGAGAGCCUCAUCUAUCAUUUCCCGAUGCGGUGGUUUCGAGACUCUCGCUUCUUUCGGCGUGGUCUUGGCGAAUGAGACCUUCACUCCAAAUUUUAAGUUCGGCAACAAGCUUAGUACGGGAGAGCGCCUCAACAGUUUUCUGCCUAGGCCUCGCAGACGACUGGAAGAAAGUGCGUAUGACAUCGCGCGACUUGUGCAUAUCCUACCAAAAAGGAUGGACGACGGAGGAGCUUGAUGACGAUGAAGACCAAAGAGGUGCGGAUUCAGGGCAAGAAAUAGAAGGGGUCGGCGUCUCCUCUUCGACACCAGCAUCUGCGACCGCCCAAAGUAGAUACCGCGUUCGUGAAGUUGACAUUGAGUGCGUGAUCGAUAGGCUUCUUUCAUCCACUAGCGAGGAUCAACGAGAGUUACAGCUUGCUGCGCUUUUAGGUGCAAUCCGUUGGCCACGUAAUGGUAAUCCUGCGCUCGAUGAUAACACGAAAAAUCCACCUGACACUUCAUCGGAAAACAACAUUACCAAAGUACUGCUUCACAAGUUGAUAAAAACCCUAGUACCGCUAGACUUCGGCUUAUAUCCCAGUUACUUCAUCACAGCACAAGACGAGGUAGAUGUAGGAAAAUCGUGUGCGAAUCAGAAUGCUUCAUCAACAUUAAGAGCAACAUCGUCAAAAACAUGGGAUGAACCAUCGUCGACUAUGAUGCUGAAUCCUGUGGCUGACGCGGCCCCGGCUCUUCUUGACACGUAUACCCAUCAUCUUAGAUACCUUCAAGAAGAUUCAUCUACAACCGUCGACCAAAGAAGCGGACUGCCGAUCUUUCCCCUCAACUAUCACAAUACCGACACAUCAGAGUCGUACUGCUCAUGGACCACCUCCGCUGCUUCCAGCAGACAGAGCCCCUCAACGGCGAACGUAGAGUAUUCUAUCUCAAAAUGUUUUCAGAACAGACAGAACAAAAUAGACGACGGGUGGCAUCAAGAUAGAAGAACAAGUGAGCAGCCGCCGACGCAUUUCAUCGGACAAAAGAAAUCUGAUAUGGACUUCAAUAAUCGUUGCACGACACUGGCUAAGCGAAUAAUCCAAGAAAUUGCUGUCUGCGACAAAGAAUUCCUUGGAUCGCUGCUUAGUCUUCUUGAGGAAGGAAGGGAGCCACCGGGGUGGUCGGGAGCAUCUUCUCGUAGGACGUCCACAGAUAAAGACAAUGGUGCUACAGCAUGCUUGCCGCAGCUUGUUGUAUGCCUCUGCUGGGUGCUGGAGGGUGCGUCUACUUCGCUGGAGAUGUUGAGUCAGAAUGAUACGAACAGACUACUCUGCCUGGCCGAGAGCUGGUUUGGCAGUGAGGAGCAUAAUCCUCUCAACUACGCAGCUGCUCCUCGCACGAAAACUACUUGUGCAGGAGCUAGUAAUGGCAAGGCUAGGGCGUGGGCGAGCAUGAACGGCAGCAGGUGGCAUUCUGCCAUUUUCUUGGCGCUCUUCGGGAAGUUAGAGCCCGUUUUCCAGCGAUGUUCCCGCAAGCGCCGGCUAAGACGCUUGGUUCCCCAGAUCAUCAUCCCUCUUUUGUCCAACGCGAAGAGUGCGGUUGGUGCCGCUGCGUGCAGAGCGCUUUCCACUGGACUCGGGUACAACAAGGAUAGCAGUUGCAAUAUGCCCAGAUGGGGCAAAAAGAAUAGAGAAGGUUUUCAUGAUGAAAAAAGCUGCAAAACACUAAGAGCACCAUCUUGUCUUGAGCAGCAAGGCCUAGAAGUCUCUUCAUCUGGACACGCGUGGUUGCAACGACUGGUUUCCGACAAUGCAGACUACAUACUGGACCACGUGACGCUUCGCGUACUGUACAGUACAACGUCCCCACAGAGUUGUCAUUUCGACCGGCAUCAGAUAGCGUCGCUGUCACAUACAGUUGUGUUUGCUCUAAGCAAGCACUACGAUGACCCAACGAACGGAAUGCUGCCUGCACAGACCCGUUUGUUCCUCUCGGAUUUCGUUAACGUCUUGCUUUCGAUCGUUGAAACGGAUCAUCUCUCUU